ACAUAGCUCCAGCUCAGCCUCCCUUACUCUUUCGAAAUCUUAUCCUUUUUUCUCCACCACCGAUCUCUUCCCACCAAAAUCUGCAAACGAUUUUCAUUUUUGAUCUUCCUAAAACCCAUUUCUCCUCUCCUUCACGGCGAAAGCCACCGCAUCUGACCAAAUUGAGACUAGAAAAUGUCACUCGCAGUCCACACAAAUCUUUCGAAACCCUUCAAUCCACCAACAUCGAAGUCGAUCACGAGGUCAACAAGGUCUUCAACUAUAGUGGCCUCUUCUUCCAGUCCCUCUGGCAAUGGAUCUUCAGAGCCGUCGUCAUCGUCGCUGAAAGCGUUCUCCGCCGCCCUCGCGCUCUCAUCCGUCAUCAUGUCGGCGCCUGUGCUUCCGGCCACCGCAGACAUCUCAGGGCUGACACCGUGCAAUGAGUCGAAGCAGUUCGCCAAGCGGGAGAAGCAGCAAGUGAAGAAGCUGGAGACGGCUCUGAAGAAAUACGAUCCCGAAAGCGCCCCUGCUCUCGCCCUCAAGGCCACCAUUGAGAGAACUCACCGCAGAUUUGAUAGCUAUGGGAAGCAAGGGUUAUUGUGUGGAUCAGACGGUCUGCCACACUUGAUAGUGAACGGGGACCAGAGACAUUGGGGAGAGUUCAUCACCCCAGGGCUACUUUUCCUCUACAUUGCUGGAUGGAUCGGGUGGGCUGGCAGGAGCUACCUGAUCGCUGUAAGAGAUGAAAAGAAGCCAACCCAGAAGGAGAUCAUCAUCGAUGUUCCUUUGGCCAACCGACUCAUCUGGAAAGCCUUCAGUUGGCCCGUCUCUGCUUACAGAGAGUACAGGAAUGGGGAGCUAGUUGAUCCUAACUUCUAGUAAAUCCCUUCAUCAGGUACCUGGAACUUGGAGUGAAUGGAUAAGCAAGUGAGUUAGAUGAUGAGGGUCAUGGUGCAGCUUGGAUUUGAGUUUCUAAGAACUUGGGUACAUUAAUAUAUAUGUUUGUAUAUCUUUUGCCAUACAAGUCUGUAUGCCUUUGAUGUUGAGCACGAAUGGAGCACUUUAUUUUACGUCGAUAUUGUUUCUGACUCUACUAGAAUUUCACCCGUGCGAUUCACGGAACAAAAAAAUCAAGUCAUUAUUCACUUUUAGAAGACAGUGAGGGAAACUAAAUUGGAUGAGUGAUGGGUACCACUAAAACAAUACAAAUCUGUACCAAAAGAAAAACGGAAUACAUUACAAAUAAUAAAAUGUGGAGGGGGUGCUAAAUACUACGGAGUAAAACUGUAUUUUUUAUCAAUGUUGUGUUCAAGCUAAUCACAUAAAAAUGAAUUCAUAGACUCAUAAAUCUGCAGUUCUGCACAUUAACCCAAUUCACUGUCUGCAUUUUCGAAAUGAUAGUCUUUGCAACUUCACUUCAUGAAACUCAAAAUCGAGGCUGUGUGACUCUACCCAUACUCCAUGAAUUAGACAUAUUUCAAACUCAUAAGGUACUUCAUCA